UGUUGUGUAAAUGUGUCAAAAUGAAUACUCGAAGAAUGGAUCGCAAAAAGACCAUGACCAUGAAUUGGGACGGCUUACGAGAUGACGACGAUGAGUUCUUCGAACCUACUCGCGACUUGGCUUCCGAAAACUCCGAUGACGAGAACGAAGAAUUCGACGACUGUCACGUUGCCUUCACUUCCAUGGCACCGCCCGUUACGAUGGAACAACCAACCGUCGCCCCCAUGGCGACCCCGGCGGCAACCCAGGCGGCUCCCGACUACAAUAUCUGGAUGGCGUCUCCGGGUUCCAUUAAGGCGCGUAGACAAAAGCUUUUUCAAGGCAUGGGCUUAAAUUCCAACAAACAACUUCUCAGUCUCAAACGCAUCGUUUCCAACAAGCCCCCUAUCAAAUCCGUUCCGGUUCCAGCUCCGGCUCCUGCACCAGAUCCUGCAUCUAUUAAGAUUACUUCUAGGGCUCCUCCAUCAUCCGAAGCUCCGGCGAGUGUUAAGACUACAGCUCAAGCGCCUGAAAAAUCCAGACCCCUGACGAGUGUUAAGACUACUGCUCCCACAUCGGAACCUGAAAAAACAACGAAUGAAGAUUCUUCGAAACAAGAGUUGCCUCACUCGCCGGUUUCUUUCCUGUUGGUACGAUCCCGAUCAGAAGGCGAGAUCGAUUCACGUUCAGUCGAAAAGCAAAGGAAACAUGAGAUGCUCGGCACCGUAUCGAAGCAACGUCUAACGAGAACAUAUUCAUUAAUAUCAACCCCAUCUGCAAAAUCAUACGUCUUGGGAAAACUCAAAGUUUCUUCCCCAAGAAAACCAGAGAAUAACCGUGCAGGACAUAGACAAAGCGCUUCUUUAAACUCAAUUGCCUCGAAACGUGCGUACGAAUCGUUCUUCUUGAUUAAGAAUCUGGACACGGGGAAAGAGUUCAUCGUCAACGAGUAUGAUCAAGACGGGAUGUGGAACAAGCUGAGCGAUCUUCAAACGGGGAAGAAGUUAACGAUGGCUGAAUUCGACAAAUGCGUGGGGUAUUCACCUGUUGUGAAGGAGUUAAUGCGUCGAGCAAAUGAUAAUAAGCCGAACUAUAUCUCCAAGAGCUUGAAGACGAGCAUGAGUAAAGGUGCUUCCAUGUUGAAAAGCAUAACCAAUUCAAUGGCAUUGAGGGGCGAGAAGGAAAGGGAAGUAGUUUUAGCCUUGGAACAAAGUCAGAAGAAUAAUAAUGCUAAGAUUGGAACUGGGACUGGAAACAAUCAAUGGGUGAAAGUUAGACAAGCAGGGAAAUCAUACAAGGAACUUAGUGCUUUGCAUUUAUGUCAAGAGAUUCAGGCUCACGAUGGAUCCAUUUGGGCCAUCAAGUUCAGCACCGACUCCCGGUAUUUAGCCAGCGCGGGCGAGGAUAGCGUAAUUCAUGUGUGGGAAGUUCAAGAAUGCGAGGUGAUGAACGAAGGCGGUCUAACACCGGGGAGUUCACCUAUUCAUCCGUCGCAACAGAAACCGCCACCGAAUAAGAACAGUCAAAUUCCUGAUUAUGUCCAUAAGCCAGAAGUUGUGUUUUCACUCUCAGACAGACCAAUCUGUUCUUUCAAUGGCCAUACAGAAGAUGUUCUGGACUUGUCUUGGUCCAAAUCUCAGCAACUACUUUCAUCUUCAAUGGACAAAACUGUGAGGCUGUGGGACUUGGAAACCAAGAGCUGUAUAAAGGUGUUUGCACAUAGUGACUAUGUAACUUGCAUACACUUCAAUCCCGUCGACGACGAUCAUUUCAUAAGCGGAUCACUCGAUGCGAAAAUUCGAAUUUGGAAUGUACCGGAUCGGAGAGUCGUCGAUUGGACCGAUGUCAAUGAAAUGGUCACUGCUGCCUGCUACACUCCUGAUGGCCAGGGUGCUUUUAUCGGUUCACAUAAAGGCAAUUGUCGACUGUAUAGUACUGAAGAAUGCAAAUUAACUCAGAAAGAACUGAUUAACGUUCAAACCAAGAAGGCUAAUGCUAAAAAGAUCACCGGUUUCCUGUUUUGUCCGACUAAUCCAGCUCAAGUACUCGUGACUUCGGCGGAUUCUCGAAUCCGAAUCCUGGAAGGUUCGGAAGUGAUUUAUCGGAUCAGCGGGUUCCGAAACACUAGUAGUCAAAUUGCAGCUUCGUUUACUCCAGAUGGGAAGUAUGUGUUAACUGCAAGUGAAGAUUCCCAGGUAUUCUUUUGGAGAUACGACGAGCCGAAGAGCACCAGCACCGGCACCGGUAAAAGAACUGUGGUGAAUGCUCGCGGAACUGAGCAGUUUCCGUGUAAAGCCGUUUCGGUAGCUAUCCCGUGGACCGGUACUAUAAAAGGCGAGCCUCCGUCGAUGGGGGGAUCACAGUCGAAGAGGAACUCGAGACGAACGCAGUCAUGUGACAUACCACCAAUCAAUGAAGACAGCAUUCAACCAAACAAGAAAGGUUUGCCACCACUUCCCAACAAGAAGAACAAUGAUGGGGAGAAAACCACUGCACCUUCGGAAGAAGAACCUUCCGAAACAUCUAAUGCCGAACCAGGGAUCAGCGAGGAGUCGUCUUCGAAGUUAGGAUCUUCGUCGAUAAGAAAAGGUGAUUCGCCGUCGAUGUCAUCUUCAUCGAUACAAGCCGGCGAUCCAGCUUCGAACUCGAGUCCCGUCCCUGCAAAAUUGGAGGUGUCGAAUUCGCUGCCGGCUGUACCAUCUAUUUGGUCAUGGUUCGAUGUUGUAGGUGGCGGAGCCGCCGGUCCUACGGAAGCAACAGCAUGGGGCGUAGUAAUCGUUGCUGCCACACUUGAUGGUGAAAUCAAGGUGUACCAGAAUUUCGGGUUGCCACGUAAAAUUGCCCUUAUCUAA